AUGGCUAGUCUAAAUAGCCCCUUGAGUGGUCGGCGAACAACAGACUCGCCAUCAAAACAACCCGCAUCAUCUGCAUGCGUGGUCUGUCACAACCGGAAGGUCAAAUGUGAUAGGCAAGAUUCCUCUAUCCCCUGUUCAAAUUGCGCGAAGGCGAAUGUGGAGUGCAUGUACCGUGCCCCACCACCGCCUCGUCGCAAAAGGGAUCGAGAAACCAAUGGGAGUAUCUCUCAAGAACGCGGGAAAUAUCUUAGAGGCAGCACGGGAGAAAAUCUCUCUGCCACUCAGCAUCAAAAUGCUGGGGCAGAGCACCGGACUAAAACAGGGAAAAGUGGAUCUGGGAGGAUGAUCAUGAAAGGUGGCAACUCCAUCUAUCUUGACAACAAUCUUUGGACAAGAGUCAGCAAUGAGCUCCCGAAUGCAGCAGACGUAUUAGGUGAUGAAUCGGAUAAUGACACCGAUAACUUUGCUCAGGAUGUGAGCGACGACUAUGCGAUACUCUCGACAUCUGCAACAAGAGACGUUCUUACCGAGCUCCACCCGAGUCCCCUGAAUAUCUUCAAGUUGUGGCAGGCAUUUCUCGAGAAUGUGAACCCACUCACCAAAAUUAUACAUGCUCCAACUGUACAGCAACAAAUUUUGGACGCCAUGAGUAAUCUACCAAAAGUAGGCCGAGAGGUCGAAGCAUUGAUGUUCGCAAUAUACUGCAUAGCAUUGGUUUCCUUGCAAGCAGAAGAUGUCGAAAAGUCAUUUGGGGAAAGCAAGACAGCACUCCUAUCAAGGUGCAGACGGGGAGCCCAACUGGCUUUCAAGAAUGCAUCGCUUCUUCGUACAUCAAGCUCAGUGGUUCUCCAGGCAUUUAUGCUAUACCUACUCUGCAUGCGUUCGUUCUCUGACCCACAUACUAUCUGGACAUUAUGUGGCAUUGCAGUAAGAAUCGCGCAACGAAUUGGGAUCCACCGUGACGGGUCCGCUCACGGACUCUCAGUAUUCGAAACUGAGAUGCGCCGUCGGAUCUGGUUCCAGCUCAUGAUCAUAGAUGCCACAUCUGCACAGUUCUGUGGUGUAGCAUCAACGCCUCUCCCAGCCACAAUCGACGUGCAGCCACCAAUGAACGCUAAUGAUAGCGAUCUCGAUCCUCGUAUGACCGAGCCAGCCUGCGAGAAGCCAGGUCCGACAGAAAUGAUGUUUGUUCUCACUCGGAGCGCGUUUGGAAAAUGGCUUCUUCGUUUAUCAAACCAGGUUGAGAGUUCUAAUGCUGGACCAUGGGCCUUCUUGCCAUCAUCAUCAAUUUCCUUAGAGGACAGGGACAAGACAAUUGAUGAACUAGAAGCACACAUGGAAGAUAAGUUUCUCCGGCACUGCGAUAAAUCCAUCCCGCUACAUAUGGCAACGACAAUGAUGGCUCGUUCGGCUAUAUAUUAUACCCGGUUGAUGGCACACCAUCCUCGUCAAUACCAGGAUCCCAACACUAGCAUCUCCCAGGCAGAGAAAAACGUCAUCUUCGAGAAUUCCCUCAAGAUGACAGAGUAUGCUGACCACGCCCAAAACAAUCCAGUAGUACGGGGAUUCUCGUGGCACAUGGUGAAUCAUAUGCCAUGGGACGCCAUAAUAUUCAUGCUCUCGGAGAUGCGGCAUCGGACUGAGGCCGAAGAGAAGAGCAAAGUCUGGCAAUUGAUUGGAAAUGUGUAUUAUGGGCAUAUCAAGGCGAUGAGCAAGAAUGACCCAACGCCUCUUCACAUGGCCAUCCAAAAUUUGAUUGUCAAGGCCUGGCGGACGUAUAUUGAAGAGUGUAACCUCAACCAUCACACACCAACGCCCUGUCCAACCAUUGUUGCAUCCUUGCUAGCCAAAACGGGAGGCAAUUCUAGUUCGCAGCAGGUAGAUGAAAACGUCCUAGACACCGAGCAUGGUGCUAGGCCACAAGAUCAAGUUAGUCGGGACUGUUCUAGUUCACAAUCAGGACUGGAGGCUGAAAACUUUGGUCUCUUGCUUGGUGAUAGCCCGAAGGAUUGGAAUGAAUGGGACAAUCUUCUCAGUCACUUCCAAGGAUCUUUUACAGAUGAUACAACAUAUAUAUCUUGA